AUGGCCCUAUCAUUCUCUAGUCUUCCUCUACUAUCCUACUUGUCCUACGAGUUAAUUCUCAUUGGAUAUCUGCCUAAAUACCGCAUCAUUCUAGUCGGAUUGUCGAUAGCAAUUCUUGUUUGUUCGAAUUUUCUCGUCACUCGCCAUGUUCAGCGUCAAAAGGAGCUUAAUGAUAGCUCGUCUCCGGACUUUUCUCAGGGUGCCAGAUCAGCCGGAUCUUCAAUGAAGCCUGGACAGUAUCUGUCGCAAUAUCUGCCAGCUGCAAUACCACUAUUACAAGGAAUUGUGAUUGGUGGCUUGCAAGACUGGGGCUUGUCUUCAUCUUCUGGCCUAGAGAACCGAACUAUGGGAAUUAUCUUGGGUAGGAUGAAACAAAUUCGACAAAAAGGGGACUUCACUAGACUAUCCGAUUCCGGUAGUUCAGAAUCCUCAAGGAGGUCUAGUUUGCCGUUCAAUGCCUUUGAAAAUUCAACGAGCUCUUUCCCUUCAACACCAACCUACGAAAGAUAUCACAUUACGGAUUACUCUGCCUUCUAUAGGCAACCACGAUAUCACUACAAAGAUCCACCGAAUCGAGCAUCUGCCCUCGAUAACUCACAUGAAAAAACCGCUGAAAAUCCAUGCAGUGAUUCUCAUCCGUCAGAUUCAUUCCAGGAUUCAUUUGACGAGUUUAUGGAUGUGCCUAUCAGACCCAACGUGGACUACUCCACGAGAGAGUCCGAUUUAUUCUAUGGGAAACUAGGCAACGGCUUUGCCUCGCCAGUACCAAUCUCGCAAGCGCUGCCGCAAGAAAGCCAAGAAAGUCGAAACACCCUGCGCGAGUGGGCAGUUAGGGCUGCAGGGACAUUAAACCCAUCUAAGAAGAAGAAGAAAGAAAAGGGGUUUCAAGUCAUGAGACCUCCGCGAUAG